GGCAAUCACUUUGAUCAGUAUGAAGAGGGGCACCUGGAGAUAGAGCAGGCGUCUCUAGACAAGCCCAUCGAAUCGCCCAGUUUUUAAAGCCAGGAUAAUAUUGGACAUCGCUUACUCCAGAAACAUGGGUGGAAGCUGGGCCAGGGAUUGGGAAAGUCACUGCAGGCGUUAUGAUCCUGGACUUGUUGUGGUGAUGGUAAACUUAGCAGUGGUAAUUUUUUAUUUUCAGACUGAAUUACUCCUUUUGUCAUCAGUGCACCAAUGUUAGGCUUACUUUCUCUGUUGUAGCCAUCAUCCUUCUGCUUGGUCUUUCAUUUUCCUUUCCUUUCCUUUCUUUAUGCACACUUGUCUGAUCCUUGUUCAUUAAAGGGUAUUGCUAAGAAGGGAUGUUUCUGUUUGUGUUAGAACUGCCAAAAUCAGUUUAAACAUAAAUUUUUAAUACUGUCCAAACUUGAUUUUUUUUUUCCCCCCAACACGAUGGGCACUAGCACUUGCUACUGCAAUUUCCAAAUAGAUUUUGAAUUUAAAAAAAAACAACCCAAAAAACUUUGACUGCCUUAGAAGGCAAAAGUACUGAUGCAUUGUUUGUAUACAGGGGUUUACCAGGGCAAUGAGGCUGCAUCAAAAGAUCUCAAUUGCUGGAGAAACAAAACAAAAAUGAACCAAAAAUUCCCAAAACCAAAUCAAACCAAACAAAAAAAAGAAAAGCUUGAAAAAAAAAUUGAGAAAUAAAUUGUUGGCACUUGGUGCCAGCCAUUCCAUUUGGGUUCACCAUUUACCAGUAAAUCCCUGGCUGAGACGUUAUGAAAGUCAUACUGCACCUAGGAAGUCAUUUUUAUAACCUGUCUUUAAUUUGGUCCUUUUGCUAAAAAUUGCAGUCACUGCUUACUGUAUUAUACCAUUGGGCAUAAGAGAAACUUUGUCAAAGAUGAUUAAAUACCCAAAGGAAAGCUCAAUCCAAACCAUUUCAGAUCAAUGUGAUCACUACUUUUGGAACUGAUGGAUACCUGCCCAUCAGAUUCCUGGACAUAGCAACAAAACCAUCAAGCAAUUAAUUAAAUGGAUUUAUUUCUGAAUAAAACCACAUGUCUGUACUUUAAGCUUCAAAAGCCCCUCUGGGGCUGCGUUUUUGGCAGGAAUUAUGGCUGAUGCUGGCAAAAAGUUCACACCUGUCCAGGUUUUCUGAGGCAGUUGUAAAGACUUUAACCUUUUGUACAUGUGGAUGGCAGUGGAAUAUUUCUGCUUGAUGCCAACCUGUCUGUCUUUUAGCCCAAAGGUAUAAUACCUGUGUAUGUGUGUAUAACAAAAGAGUUGUUUACACCAAACAAGAAGGCAAAUAAGGAAAGUAAACAUUCUGUUUUUUCACUCAAGGUUUGCACUGGAGAAGGUAAGUACUUUGUCAGUGGGUUACAUCACAACCACCAGUGCCAGUUGUGAUGUAAAAAUCAAAAUAAUGAUAAUUGAAAAUCAAAAAAAAAAAAAAAAAAGCUGUGGUAGUAAAGUGCUUGUCUGCCCCAUUUUGCUUUGUUUGGCUGGUUAUGAGUGGAUUAAAGAUAUGUUUAAAAAAAAAAAAUCUCCAGCAUAGUUUGAUUAGUUCAAAGUCAAUUUUCUUCGCAACCAGUCCUUUUCACAGCUUACAGGUGACACGGCGGGGCCAGAGCAUCGCUCCGGGGCUGCGGGAGCAGGGACCAACCCCGGCCUGCACCGGCUGGUUGGGAUGAGGGAAGUUUGGCUUCUGUGCCAUCCUUCGCCUUAGCAUUCCUGACUCCUGGGGAGGGCAAACGCUGGUGGGAGGGAGGCUUCCACAUCCCUUACGGGGAAGUUCUAAUCGAUUAUUCAUGAGCUGCAAGAGUGAAAUGUGAUUAGCAGCUUCUUCACUCUUAAGGGAGGAUGAGGAGCCUGAUGUGGAAGCCUUGAGGAGAAGGCUCAAGUCCUGUUAUCAGCCCUGCCCCAGGGCUGGUCAUGGGGGGAACAUUAACUACGAGAAGCUUUUACAUGAGCAGUUAAUGUUCAGAAAAUGCAUUUCUCAUCCUGGGUGCCAUUCGGAGCUGGGCGCAGGGUUGGCUGUAAGCUGUGAGAAUGGCUCGUGUUUGGUUCACUGUAGCUUUCUGGUCUCUGCACUCCAAGGCAAGAUCUCUAACCACCCAAACCCAAUGUGUACAGUGAGCUGUGGUUCUGGGCUUAUGCUGACCCCUCUCUGUGUGUUCCUCUUCCAGGGAGGACAGAUCCCAUCCCUAUUGUGGUCAAGUAUGAUGUCAUGGGCAUGGGCCGGAUGGAGAUGGAGCUCGACUACGCCGAGGAUGCCACAGAGCGGAGGCGAGUGCUGGAAGUGGAGAAGGAAGACACCGAGGAGCUGAGGCAGAAGUACAAGGAUUAUGUUGAUAAAGAAAAGGCCAUUGCCAAGGCUUUGGAAGACCUCAGAGCAAACUUCUACUGUGAACUCUGUGACAAGCAGUAUCAGAAACACCAAGAGUUUGACAACCACAUCAACUCUUAUGACCAUGCUCACAAGCAGAGGUUGAAAGAUCUCAAGCAAAGGGAAUUUGCUCGCAAUGUCUCGUCAAGAUCCCGGAAAGAUGAGAGGAAGCAGGAGAAAGCCCUGCGGCGCCUGCACGAGCUGGCUGAGCAGAGGAGGCAGCCUGAGUGUGCUCCUGGAAGUGGGCCCAUGUUCAGGACCACCACGGUGGCUGUGGACGAGGAAGGAGGUGGAGACGAUGAUGAUUCCGCGGCCAACAGCGGCUCCUUCAUCCAGACGAGCUCUGGCCAGGCCACAGAGAUGACCACGGACAGAGGCUUCCUGAACACUGGACAAGGCACUGUGGUGCCAGGCCAGACGCCUGCCCAGGGGGCACAGGCCAUCAGCUUUGGCAUUAAGAGCUCUCUGGGAACUCCACUCCAGAAGAUUGGGGUGUCCUUUUCCUUUGCCAAGAAGACCCCAGUGAAGCUGGAGACCAUUGCUUCUGUUUUCAAGGACCACGUGGACGAGUCCAAUUCUGCAGAUGGGGCAAAAGGUGAUGAGAAGGGGUCCUCGGAGGCUGGCAGCCUGCAGAAGUCUGGGGAGGGUGAAGGCACCAAUAAUUCUGAUGGCAAGGCAGAGGAUGAUGACCAGCAUGACAAGGACAGCGGGGCUCUGGCCAGCACCUUAUCCAAACUGAAGAAGAUGAGGCGAGAAGAUGGACCAACAGCCGUGGAACCAGAGUAUUACCACUACAUCCCCCCGGCCCACUGUAAAGUAAAGCCCAACUUUCAAUUCCUGCUUUUCAUGAAGGCUACUGAGCAAACGGAAGCAGAAAAUGUGAACAAAAAAAACGCGCGCGAAGUAAAAAAGGGGAGUCCCCCCAAACGCAAACCUAGCAAGCACACAGAAAAGGCUGCUGAGAGCACGGGUCAGCAGAAGGAGCAGAGUACUACUGAAAGUGCAGCUCAGCAGGGCAAAACAGAACAAAAAGACAUCCCAGAGAGUGAAAAUACACAGGAUAACAAGCACCUUCCAGAGAGCAAUCCCCCCGAGCCAGACGCUGCUAAAGAAGCUCCUCCUCCUGCCUCGGGCUGCAGAGAUGGCUCUGAGGGACCAAAGCAUCCCAUGGGACCUUUUUUCCCUGUUCUGAGUAAGGAUGAGAGCACGACGCUGCAGUGGCCUUCAGAGCUGCUCAUCUUCACCAAAGCUGAGCCCUCUGUGUCCUACAGCUGCAACCCCUUGUACUUCGACUUCAAGCUCUCCCGUAACAAGGAUGCAAAAGGGAAAGGGGCAGAAAAGUCCAAGGAUCCAGGGGGUCUUUGUAAAGACAACACUCAGAGCACAGAAUCUGGUGAGGUGAGCAAAGCCAAGGAGGCUGAAAGUGUAGGGAACAGUUCUGCUCAGAAAAUGGAAAACAAAUCCCAGAGCAAGCAGGAGUCCAGUCUGGGAAGUGUAGGUAAGGGAGAGGGGGAGGACAGCAGUAAGAGUAUAACAGGUAAAAGUAAAUCUGGAAGGUCCCAUAAACACAAAAAGAAAAAGAAGCACAAAAAGUCCAGCAGACACAAACGCAAACACAAGGAGGAAGCUGAGGAGAAGGCCCGGAAAGCUGAGCUGGGGGAAGAGAAACCCAAGAAAAGGAAAAGGCACAGGCACAAAAAAGGUAAAUCCUCCCUUUCAAUGGAGUCAGACCGGGCACUGAAACCUGAACUUUCUGAAGACUGCAGCCAUUUCCAGAAGAAAAAGCGAUGCUCCCAGGAGUCUCAGAGGAAAUCCCUGUCUGCUGAGGAGGGAAGCAGUGGUAAAAAAGAGGAUGGAGGUAAUUCCUGCCAAGAGCACGGCAGCAAAAGACACAAGGCUGAGCUGCAGCAGGUGCCUGGUGCAAGGAGGCGCUGCCCAGCUCUGUCCCAGGCUCGCAGCGGCCACCGGAGCCGCCAGAGCAGCGGCGACUACGACAGUGACGAGGGCUCCCCCAGCAAGCACUGCCGGCAGAAAUCCCCAUCACAGUACAGCGAUGACUACGACUCGGGCAGCGAGCAUUCGCGCAGCCGCUCUCGCUCAGGCCGCAGGCACUCCUCACACAGGUCCUACUCCAGCAGCUCAGACGCGUCCUCGGGGCACAGCCGCUACAGCCGCCACAGGAGCUACUCGGACGACAGCUACAGCGACUACAGCGACCGCUCCCGCUGCCACUCCAAGCGCUCCCAGGACUCCGAGGAUGACUCCGACUACAACAGCUCAAACCACCGCUCGAAGCGGCGCAAAUACUCCUCAUCAGAAGACGACUACAGCUCGAGCAGGAGCCGGUCCAGGAGUCGGUCCAGGAGCCGAACCCACCCUCGAGACAGGUCGAGAUCAAGGAGCCGGGGCAGGAGCUGCAGCAGCAGCUGCAGCCGCAGUCGGAGCAAGAGGAGGAGCCGCAGCGUGACGGGCCGCAGCUGGAAGCGUAGCCGCAGCUACAGCCGGGACCGCAGCCGCAGCACCCGCAGCCACUCGCAGAGGUCCCUGUCACGAAAGGGCUCGCGGGGCCACGAGAGCCCCGAGGAGAGAAGGUCUGGCAGAAGGGACUUCAUCAGGUCCAAGAUCUAUCGCUCCCAGUCUCCUCACUAUUUCCGGACAGGCCGAGGUGAAGGGUCGCUGCUGAAGAAGGAGGAUGGCAAAGGAGAGGAUCUGAAAGGAUCUGGGUCCCUGUCCCAGAACAGCAGCAGCUCUGGCACAGGGCGGGCCUCGGAAGGGGACUGCAGUCCUGAGGAGAGGAACUCCGUCACUGCCAAGCUGCUCCUGGAAAAGGUGCAGUCCAGGAAGGUUGAGAAGAAGCCUUGCGUCACUGAUGAGAUGCUAUCAGGGGCAAACAAGGUGGGUAUAAAGCUCAAAGAUCCUCCCCAGGGCUACUUUGGCCCCAAACUGCCUCCUUCUUUAGGCAACAAACCAGUUCUGCCCUUAAUUGGGAAGUUGCCAACCAUUCGGAAACCAAACUCCAAAAGAUACGAGGAGUCUGGCUUGGAGAGGGGCGAGGAGCAGGAGCUAUCAGAUGCUGAGGAUGGUUCCCAAGGCAUGGAGGAGGGUCAGCUGGCUGGCCAGUCUCUCCUGGAAGAUGUGGUGAUGGUAAUUCAGGAAAAACCUCUGGAUGAGCAGAAACGUGAUGAAGCCUCUGUGGAGAUGCCAUCCCUUCCCUUAGACACGCCUGCGCUCCCUGAGUGCUUUGGCUCUGGAGAUCUGGUCAUGCCACACAACUUCCUCUCGGAUCCAAGCGAUGGUGAUGGGCUGGAGCCUAUCGACGGGGGCAACCAGCCAGUCCCAGUGGAAACCAGUAUGAUGCCUUUAGUUCCAGAUGUUGAGCGCUUUCCUGGCUACGUGCCUCAGAGUGGGGAGCCGAGCAUGGAAGGGGAUCGGGAGGGGGGAGAAGAUUCCUCUCUAGCCCCACUGGAGAGCCAGCCCAUCACCUUCACCCCAGAGGAGAUGGAGAAAUACAGCAAGCUGCAGCAGGCUGCCCAGCAGCACAUCCAGCAGCAGCUGCUGGCCAAGCAAGUCAAGGCCUUCCCCGCCUCGGCCGCCCUGGCGCCGGCCGCGCCCGCGCUCCAGCCCAUCCACAUCCAGCAGCCGGCGGCGGCGUCAGCCACGUCCAUCACGACGGUGCAGCACGCCAUCCUGCAGCACCAUGCUGCCGCUGCCGCCGCUGCCAUUGGCAUCCACCCCCACCCGCACCCACAGCCCCUCGCUCAGGUCCACCACAUCCCCCAGCCACACCUGACACCCAUUUCCUUGUCCCACCUGACCCACUCGAUUAUUCCGGGGCACCCCGCCACGUUCCUGGCCAGUCACCCCAUCCACAUCAUUCCGGCAUCUGCCAUCCACCCGGGCCCCUUCACCUUCCAUCCUGUCCCUCACGCUCUCUACCCGACCCUCCUGGCUCCGAGGCCUGCAGCUGCCGCCGCUGCCACGGCCCUGCACCUCCACCCCCUGCUGCACCCCAUUUUCUCAGGACAGGACUUACAGCAUCCACCCAGCCACGGAACAUGAAGGACAAAAUGAAGGAACCUCGGAGGAAGGAGAAUAGUUGGCAUUUUGGGAAGGGGUCGGAGUCACGCCAGUGGGCAGGUGAGGCCUGAGCAUUUCCUUUCACUCUUGAGCAGCCAAAGAAGCCGGAGGCUCGAGGGUUGGGUUGUUGUUGGCUGUAUCCCAGCGAUGUCUCGCUCUGACUGUGCAGGCAGCAGCACCGCUCCGGAAGAACCAUUUCACCUUUCGAACAGCGAGACACUUGGAAAAGCUUUUUUCCCCUUUGAAUUCUUACACUUGGUCAUCUUCCUUCUGCCACCUUGUAUAUGAUAAAUGAGGUUUCAUACACACUAAUAGGAUCUCUGAAAAUCCUUUUAAUGAGGUCAUCUAAUUAAAAUAGCAUGAUUGAAUCCAGCUUGUAAUUGGCUAUGGAACAUCAGGAGCUGUCAGCUGCAGAGGGGCUGGAGGCCUCAGUUUUCAGGCAUUGCAGGAGGUUCCUUGGCCCCUGCCACUGCACACGUGGGGUUUUCUUGGUGUUAGUAGCAAAGGUGGAAGUAAGAUCUUAGUGUAAAGAGGAGGAGGAGCUCUGUGUGUGUGCCCAGAGCUCCCAUCCUUCUCCAUCCUGCAAUCGCGUUCUCCUGCGCCAGGACCAUGCCUGGAUAUCCCGGACUGGAGAGAGGUUCUCAGGUGGGGUAUUGGGAUUCCAGUCUGGGCUUUGACCACUCUUCUCCUGAAAGGGGGAAAAAAUCACUCUGAAUUCCAUCUUCUGUGGUGUUGGGAAAGAGGCACUGAGAUGGGAGAGAGAAGGAAAAUCCUGUUAGGAAUUGAAGCAAUACAGAGGACAGGGGAACGCAGCCAGGAUGUCAAGCGUGUUCUUUCCUCUGUAACACUGAUGGUUUCCUUAUUAAUUUAUAGGAUUUUUUUUAAUGUAAAGAAUUGCACUGAACUCUGUAAACAAAGAUGCUGCUUUUUGUAGCUCCUAUCAAAGGUUACAUUUGUAGUAUAUCGCAAUAAUAUUUUUUACAGCCAGUUCUUAGUGGUACUUGUUCUGGUGGCUUCUGUGUAAAUAUGUUUGCUGUAGGUGACCCAAGACACUUGUAAAGGUUCAAUUUAUAGUUUAAGCUAGAUGCAGAACAGCUAAGCAUGUAUAUUUUAUCAAGCUCAUGUAUUUUUGAAGUUUUUAUGUACUAUAAAAUGUAAAAACAAAAAAAAAUCUUCAUUUAGAAUUUUGCAGAAGAAAAAAAUCAACAGGUGAGACUUGGGCAAGGUGAGGGGUGUGGGGGUAGCAGUGACUCUGGCAGGUAAUGCUGCAUUCCUCCCUGCCAUAGGAAUGGGCACUGGAGCAGCCUGGGGAGCAGCAGGAAUUCAGGGUCCUCCCAGAGUAUCGAGAGCCCUUUUUUUAUCUUCUUCCUUUUUCCCCUGCUUUGGAAGCACUAAUGUGCACACCCUGCUGGUGCAGGAGGAGCCUUGGGACAGUUCCCAUUCCACACACAGGGUUACCCCAGCUCAGUCCACAAGGGAUUUCCCAGUUCUCCCAACAUCACCCAGCUCAGCUUCCCCAUCCCAGUGCAGGGGAUGAGCUGCUGCUGUCCCCACUCACAGGGCCCUGCAGGUGUCACAACCCUUGGGUCACCACCCCUGCAGGGAGGGGUUGCUGAGCAGUGUGGGGAUGCAGUAUCCCCAUCCCUUUCCCUGUCCCCUCCUGGAGUGCAGCACCAGACCAGGCAGAGUUAAAGGAUCAAAACCCCCUGAGCUCCCUCACCGUGUAAAUGAGAACUUGGAGCAGGUCAGAGUGACAGCAGUCACAAAAAAGGGACUCAAUUUCCUGUAAAUACCAAACAGUUCAGUGUUACUGUCAGAGACGAGUUUCGUAGGGCCCAUCCGUGCCCCGGCCCCAUCACGCUGUGGGCAGGGAUUAUUUUUGGACUUCAGGAUAGUGCUAAAAUAAUUAACCUGUCAUUACUUAACGAGCAUAAACAGACUGUAUUUAACUUUGUCACAUAAGAUAUAUAUAUAAAUAUAUAUAUAUGCUGUAAAAUGAGGGAAAAAACCUUUCUAAUAAACCAAUGAUUUGUGGAAAAAAAA